UCCAAUCUGACUGCUCUACAGGUGGCCUGUCAUGAGGGUCACACGGACAUCGUUCAGAUAUUGUUGACGGCUGGUGCUAAGACGAACGUGCAAGACCAAGACGGGGAUACGCCUCUCCACCUUUCCGCCUACAAAAAUUUCCCAGAAAUAGUGGAGCUUCUACUCAAAAAGGGCGCUGAUGUCAAUGUCCAAAACAAGAGACACGCCACUGCUCUCCACAUGGCAGUCAACAAAAAACACCCACAGUGUGUGAAAGUUCUAUUAAAACAUAAGUGCAAUGCCAACAUUCAGGAUACUUAUGGCGAUACAGCACUUCACUAUGCCAUCGUGAGAGAGAACGACGAGAUCAUAGAACUGCUCGUGAACUAUCCAGGAAUCGACUUCACCAUCCAAAACAACAGAGGAUUUAAUCCUCUACACCUAGCAGCAUUGCAGGGGAGUAACUUAGCAACAAAGGAGAUUCUGAAAAAAAGUCGGCAAAUUGUUGACGUCAAGAAAGAAGAUGGGUUUACUGCCCUGCAUCUGGCUGCUUUUAAUGACCACAAAGAAAUCUGUGAGACGUUGCUCACCGUAGGUCAAGCGGACAUCAACAGUCGAAAUAACCAACGAGCUACACCACUCUUGUUGGCCGUGUCUCAAGGAUACUCUGAUGUUGUAACACUUCUUGUUAGCAAAGGCGCUGACUUGACUGCUGAAGAUCAAGACGGUGACACUUGUUUACACAUGGCCCUAAUGAGGCACCACUUUACCACGGAGAUUGAAACAGCCAUACCCAUACUCAAAGCAAUCCGAACUGAGCUGAACAUGACCCAGAAUGAGAGUCAGACUGGAGCUGAUAUCGCCUGUUACCUGGUACAGCAUGGGGCCAGCCUCACACACCGUAACCACCAGGGCAAGACCCCCAUGGACUUGAUCAACGACCCACGCAUAAGAGACGAAAUACGCCGCUCUGCUGAAUCUUGUCACAAAAAGUAA